GUGGCGUCAUGUUCCGUAAAAUAUCAGUUCGCAGCUGAUGCGAGGUUGAAUAUGAUCGUAUCUUUUAGACUUUCUGAUAAUGUGUGUGAAACAAAGAAGCGUGGCAUGAAUUCUGAAACUUUUUAGUAGGUUCCAGCGUACAUGAAUUGACAAUGUGUCUUUUUGUCACUUUAAUUAUGGUGACUGUGAUUUGUGCAAAGGCUUGUCCCCACGCGUGUGAUUGUAAUGAUUUCCUUCGCGGUCCUUUACAAGAUGACAGUACUUACACAAGUGUUACCUGUAGGAGUGCAACGAACGUGACAAACGAAAUUCCGACAUCAAUCAACAAGUUAAGCUUUCAUAACCUGUCAUAUAUUGACACCAAAAUUGUGUUAACACAUAACUCGCUCAACCACGAAAAAUUUCCAAAAUUGUCUCACGUAAGUUUUCUAUACUGCAAUGUAUUGAAUUUGUCGUACGCCAAUUUAAAUGGACUUUCGAAAUUGAAAUUACUGGAUUUAUCACGUAGUAAAGUAACGCAUUUGGAAGAGCCAUUCAAUAUCACAAACUUAGAAGCUUUAGAUCUGUCAAGUAAUCGGAUAAGAGUGAUUGCCGAUAAUGUAUUUCACAAUCUCUCCUCUCUCAGGACGUUGAAUUUGAGCGGAAACCUCGUUGAGCUCCUUAAUCAAACUAUAUUCACGGGGAUGUCCAAAUUAGAAAGUUUAGAUCUGGCAGGAAACAGAUUGUCGAUAUUUAAAAGCGAAUAUUUCAUUUCGUUAUCCACACUUCAAUACCUAAAUUUAAGCAACAAUCUGUUACAAGUGCUAAAUGAAGCAUGCUGCGACAGCCUCCAGCGGUUACGACAUUUAGAUGUGUCUCAGAAUCGUUUGGCACGCGUUGCUCCUGGCAGCUUACAACUUCCGAGUUUAUCUCAUUUAGUGCUCGCUGAAAACCCGGCGCUCGGAAGAUCACGUAGUCCAUCACUUCUUAUAGGUCUAGGCAAACGUUUACAAAAUGUGGAUAUUUCAAACACAGGUUUAAUCAACAUUCCGCCGGCGAUUACUCAUUCCAUAAAAAUCCUGCGACUAUCCAGAAAUUUCAUCCGUUACAUCGGAUGCGGGCACUUAGAUUCGUAUCCACUUUUGAAGCUGCUUGACUUCAGUUCUAACGAUCUUGAAGUCAUCGAAGACGACGCAUUGGGGCGCCUAGAUUUGCUUUCCGAAUUGUACCUUUCAGACAAUAAACUACACUCGCUCCCCCGACAUUUACCGGAAAGUCUAAAGAAGUUAUUUCUGCAACACAAUCAAAUAGAAUCGUUAUCAAGAGGGGAUUUCAGAGGAAUGCCACUUUUACAAACACUUACGCUGUGCGACAAUAAAAUUAAAGAAAUUGAAGAAGGUGCCUUUACUGAGUUGGAAAAUCUGUCCACUUUAGAUUUAUCUCGAAAUCCCAUUAAUGUCUUGCCAGCAGGAGCUUUGGAAGGCCCACGUCAACUGCGAAUUCUUCGUCUUGCCAAUCUCAGCGUUACCUCUCCGGCGAAAGAGAUGACUUUUCCUUUACAUACGACCGAGCAUUUAGUCACGCUGGACCUUUCCAAUAGUUCGGGAUUAACAACGCAAUUUGUUGCAGACACCGCGGCGCUUGCCGCAUCUCGAGAGCUUCAAGAACUUCAUUUAUCAGGUGAACAAUUAAAACACAUUAGUUCUGACUUGCCGAAUUUUCUACCCCAGUUGAGAUUUCUCUAUAUAUCUAAUAAUCCCAUUAAUUUCACUGGUAUACAGUGGAAUCAAUUAAGAAAUAACACGAAGCAAAGGCACGAGUAUACAUCACAAUUACAUUACCAAAAUCGCUCAAAUGAAAUGAAAAUCGGGGAGAGAUUUACGAAUGACAAUUUCAACAACUUCACAGAGGUGAAUGUAAUUCAAACUGAAAGUGCUACCGCUCGUAUAAACAAACCAAGCAAGAGGCGUGCAAAUGACAUUCCGAUCGGCAAGUCAAAUUUGAAAAUGAAGAAACGACAAGAAGAAGGCAGUGUAAUUUUUAAAAAUGAAACUGUAAACGCGGAGAAAGUAAUAAUGUAUUCCGUGACAAAGGGACAUCCGGGAAUUCUGGUGUUAGUAAUGAUCAUUUUGAGUGCAACAACAAUCUUUGUAGUGGUCAUAUUUAAAUCUAGAAAAUAUGUGAAACGCUAUCGACGUCGACGCAACGACAAUGAGGUAAGAAAUAUACCUAACGUAACUGAACUUUGGUGACAUCUACAAAAAUUGGACGAAGAGAGUAUUGUACUGUACGAUACUGUAAUUUAAUGUGAAAUAGUAUUAAUGUGAUAUAAUAUUUGUACCUAUAGUUUUUCUACCAACUGUAAAGUUAUAUAUUUUGAAAGCUGGUGUAAAUUAGUGAGUGAUAUAAUAUAUUAAAUUUAUAAGUAAACGUUGUAAAUAUGUCAUGCUUAUGUUUACUUGUGCCAAUUGCAUGGAUAGAUACAUAGAUAGCUACAUAAAACGCCAAAAUGUACCUACUGAAAUUUGUACUGACAAUUGAAACAAUUCCAAAAUAAUAAAUUGCGUUCUUACCUCUA